CAGAUUCAUGAACGUCUCGGACGGGGGGCGCGCGGGUCCUGAAGCAAAACAGGAGGCGAACGGCGCCGCUCUGAGGGUAUUGUCUCCCCCGUGAAGCUACAAGCCCUCCACGUUGGAGUGUAAAUCGACGCGUUUUCCUUGCUUCUGCUGCUUUUUGCGAAGAUCUGCAGCCACUUGCCGCGUGCAGUCCCGCCGUCGCAGUUUUACGACCUCUCACGCGCAAAAACGACAGACGCUAGCUUCGAGAGUAGCGCGUUAGCCGCUAUGUCGGGUGUCGUGCGAGGCCCCGCAGGGAACAACGACUGCCGAAUCUACGUGGGAAACCUGCCUCCCGACAUCCGCACCAAAGACGUGGAGGAUGUUUUCUACAAAUACGGCACCAUCCGAGACAUCGACCUGAAGAACCGAAGAGGAGGGCCGCCUUUCGCUUUCAUUGAGUUCGAGGACCCGAGGGACGCCGACGAUGCGGUCUAUGGACGGGAUGGUUAUGACUACGACGGCUACAGACUACGUGUGGAGUUUCCCCGGAGCGGCAGGGGCUCCAGAGGCGGCUUCAGCGGAAUCGGCGGGGCGCCCAGAGGAAGAUACGGGCCCCCGUCCAGACGAUCCGAGUACAGGGUCGUUGUGUCGGGGCUUCCUCAGAGCGGCAGCUGGCAGGACCUAAAGGACCACAUGCGUGAGGCCGGCGACGUCUGCUACGCCGACGUUUAUAGAGAUGGAACCGGAGUUGUAGAAUUUGUGCGCAAAGAAGACAUGACCUAUGCCGUUCGAAAGCUGGACAACACCAAAUUCCGUUCACAUGAGGGAGAGACCGCUUACAUUCGUGUGAAAUUAGAUGGUCCCCGCAGCCCAAGUUACGGAAGAUCACGCUCCCGCAGCCGUGGCAGCCGGAGCAGGAGCCGCAGUCGCAGCGCCAGCCGCAGUCGCAGCAAUUCCCGUGGUCGUGGCAGAGGAUCGCCCCGCUACUCGCCUCGUCACAGCCGCUCUCGCUCCCGUUCCUAAACCUUUCUAUCACCAAUGUUUUGCCCUUUUGAUGUACCCCCCCCCCCCCCCCCCCCCCCUUCUGUUUUUACCUCUGAGUUCCUCCAGAUGUCAGCUAUCUAUUUUUAAUUUUUUGCAUUUCUUGUCCCAGUGUCUUUGUGGCUGAUCUUGGUAUGUAGCUGUACCCCCCCCCCCCCCCCACCUCCCCUUUUCCCCCUUCUCUCCCUCUCCUUCUCCCUUUCUAGCAGCUUUGUCCUUUAUGUUUUCUCCCUCUCUCUCCCCCCUCCUUUCUCUCCUUUUCAAUUUUUUGCAACGUUAGAACUUGUGCUGUGUUGAACUUCAAAAAUGUUGAGCUGUUAGAUGCGACACUCAAUGUUUUUGCAAGUACAGAAAAUUGCAUUUUUUUUAAAUGGCUUCUCUCAUUGGAAAUUUGGGGUGGGCUGUUUGGAUGUGAAGCCCGAUGCUUAACUGUAUUUUACCCUUGUGUCUUCCUUUAGACAUCUGAAGAGAAGGAUUAAAGUGAUUUGGAAUAAAACCAUUGUGGAGCACAUUUCAUUUGUAUGGUCAGGAUAGGACAUCUAGGAGCAAACAGGUCGAGGCAAUGGUAUGCUUCAUAUUCCAUAAAUUGAUCGUUUUGAUUGGUUGCCAUAUCAUGCAUGUCAUUUACCAAAGCCAUAUGUGCUGUACUUUGCUAUAUAUAAUAUAUAUCCAGUUUUACCAUGCUACUCUGGUCUGUGACAGAAUAAGCAGUCCUAGAUCAAGUGUUGUGAUGUAAGUGUAACACCUUUGCUGUCAAAUGUUU